GUCAUAACUGUCAGAAUAAAAGUAUCUUCAUCGACUGGGCUUAGUUUAUUCUCGCAACAAAUCACCCCAUAUAGGCAAAUAAUGGGAGAAAUCGAGUGGCCCUGGCAAUACAGUUUCCCUCCAUUCUUCACACUCCAACCUCAUGCCGAAACAAAGGAGAAGCAAUUGAAUGCGUGGAAAAGUUUAAUCUUGGAAUAUUAUCGAACGACAAAACAAGCCGUCGUAGACAUCAGAGAGAUCGAUUCCAGUCCUCUGUUCAACAACACUUCGAUUAACAGAAAGCUGCCAUCCGAAGUAGUUCUGCUCAUUCUAGAAGAACUACACAAAUCGGGAAACGCAGUACCCUUAGAUAAACCUAAACAGAGAUGGCUGGUUUACUGGCACACGCUCGAAGAAUGGGGUGAAAUAAUUUAUAAUUGGGUCCAAGAAAACGGUUUUGCUGGAUCCGUCUGCACAUUGUUUGAGCUAACCCAAGGGGAGAACACAACAGACCAAGAAUUUUAUGGGCUGGAUACAGAGGUCCUGAUAAGGAGCCUCAGGACCCUUGAGGCGUCGAAAAAGGCCGAGUUAAUUAUGUUCGACGAUAAUCAAGGAGUGAAAUUUUUCUAAUUGUAAUAACGUCGAUGUUAACCUGUGAAAUAUAUUAUUUUUGAAAGUC